AUGCCCCAAGGAGGAGCAGCAGCACGUGAAGCCGCCAAGCCCCAGGAUCGGGGAUGGGCAUGGAUGGUCCUGCUCGCCGCAGUGCUGCUGCAGGGGCUGACGCUGGGCUUCCCCUCCUGCAUCGGUGUCUUCUUCACGGACCUCCAGCAUGACUUCCAGGCCAGCAACAGCGAGACGUCGUGGUUCCCAUCCAUCAUGGUGGCCGUGCUGCACGGAGGCGGGCCCCUCUGCAGCAUCUUGGUGAAGCGCUUUGGCUGCAGGUUUGCUGUGAUGCUGGGAGGGCUGCUCAGCGGAGUGGGCAUGGUGUCCAGCUCCUUCUGCAAGUCCAUCAGCCAGCUGUACUUAACAGCUGGCCUCAUCACCGGUCUGGGAUCAUGCUUCAGCUUCCAGGCAGGAGUGACUGUGUUGGGCUACUAUUUUGUACGGUGGCGAACGCUGGCCAAUGCCAUAGCAUCCACUGGUGUCUCUCUUGGUUUCACGCUGUGGCCGCUGCUUUCUCAAUAUCUGCUGGAUGAGAUGGGUUGGAGAAACACUUUUCUUAUUUUUGGAGGAAUUCUGCUGAACUGUUGUGUUUGUGGAGCCAUCAUGAGACCAGUUCAGCUCGCAUCAGGGUCACCACCGCAGUCACCCAAGCCUGCAGAGGAGCCAGGGAGAAGAGCAGAAGGGGCACAACUGUCCAAUGGAACAUCCCCCCACCCUGAGCUCCAGCAGCAAACCAGAAGGACCGCAUGCUCCCAAAUGCUGCAGAAGUACCUGGCUUUUGACAUCUUCUGUCAAAACAAAGGUUACCAGAUUUAUACUAUUGGAGUGACCUGGAUGAUGAUGGGGUUUGCAUUACCCCACGUCUACCUUGUGCCUUAUGCCAUCCAGAACGGGGUGGAGGAACGCCGGGCAGCCCUCCUCAUCUCCGUUAUUGGGUUCAUCAACAUCUUCAUACGCCCUCUGACAGGGCUGCUCUCAGGACACAGAGUCUUCACAGGGAGACGCAUCUACCUGUUCAGCCUGGCCGUGCUCCUCUGUGGGCUGAGCAACUUCAUUUGUGUCAUUUCGGCCGAGUUCAGCGUGCUCAUCAUCUACUGUGUCAUCCUCAGCAUAGCCAUGAGUGGCGUCGGGGCACUCACCUUCCAGGUGCUGAUGGACGUGGUGGAGAUGGACAGGUUCUCAAGUGCUUUAGGGCUCUUCACCGUUCUGGAGAGUAUCACACUCCUCAUCGGACCCCCUCUCACAGGUCUCCUGGUGGACAUAACUAGUGAUUUCCACUAUGUCUUCUACAACUCCAGUUUCUUCCUGAUAUCAGCUGCGCUAUUCAUGGGGCUCAGCUUCUGUGCUCUGGAAAAAAAAAACAAAUUGAAAGAGGCUUCAAAAGUACCUUUGGAUAAUCCCUCCAAAUAUCAAUACAAUGAAGUGCCAACUGAACCACAGUCUGAGAGUCAAUCCCCUCCAGCAGUCAUGUAUGUCACAAGCGUAUGAAAAGAAGAAAAAAAAAAAAAAGAGGAACACAAGUACGUGGCCUGUACAAAGCUAUGCAAGGGCAAGCACUGAUGGCAGAUGAAAAAACAAGCAUCUGCUUUCCACAACUGUCAUCAUCCUUCUGCCCUGCACUUCCACUCCACGGGGCCGUGUCAGACUCCACGUGAGCGAUCCAGACCACAGGCUGAGCCCAGAACCCAGCGCCAGCCAAAGAGCCGAAGGACAAAGAGAACUGUGCUUUCCUAAAGCAAACCGUGGGAUAACAGCCAUGGUAACCAGCACCCAGAGACAAAAAGCUGUGUCAGUUCCAUUGGUUGAAGUCAGUGCCUUUAAGAAGUCACUGGAAUGUCACAUACACAUUUCAGUUGGCAGCACUGGACAAUACAUAUUAAUGGCUAUGUACAACGGUAGUUCUUUCACAAAGAAGUAUUAUUGCUCCGUCUGAACGUGCAAUUUUGGUGCGGACUUAUACGAAAUUUCCUGGUUGCUUCCCAUGUAAGGGGUGGCAAGACAUACACUUUCCACGGGAAGUGUGUUAUUAUUUUCCACAUGUUUAAACACUAUACGGAGGCUGCUGCAUGGGUUGCAGAACUCAGCCAAGUCUCUAGUAGGAUAAAAUAUUUUCUCCUAUGAGGUGUAUAUAUAUGAGUUCUUCACGCCAAGGCCAUUUUCAAAGCAUCAAAGGCUCAACUCCAGAGCAUCAAAAAAGAAAAAAUAUCUAAACCUUACAGUGCCUCCUUUGUAUAACUAGCGGUAUCUCAAGUGCUUCUUGAUAGAUCACAAAACAGGAUUCAUGGCUUGUGUAAACAUACUUCUUUCCGGCAUUAACUGGCACCCAUUUUGGGGGGGAGGGAGGGGAAGAGGAGAGAAAGGAGAAGGGAAGUUGCUACUAGACCUGAGAAUAAGUGUAUACAUCGUUAUAUAGGGAUAAAUUCAAAGCCACUGUAGUUCCCCCUUGUGUAAAUGAAUUUAGCUCUUUAGUCUUAGACUCUCAGACUUCAUUACACCAGCAUUCUCAUCAGAGAGAAUUUUGCACAAGCAUAACUUACAAAUAAAUCUGUGGGGAAAAUAUACUGAGAAAAGUCAGUGUUACUGACCUUCAUAUCCAUGAAGCCUUGACUGUAAGUGGCUUUUCUGGCUACACUCCUGGGAGUCACACUUGUAAGGACUAAGCUGAGAGCCACAUCAGCCUCCAGCUUCCCUCAGCAUCAGCUCCAGCUGCAACCUGUUUAUAUUCUGUAUCAUUCCUGAUCUGACAGAAGCAAAUACUCAUAGAGCACUGGAGAGGAAGAUUAUUCAACACAUUAGAAUCAUCCGAAAGACAGAAGCAUCAAGGAGGAGUGAAAUGGAAGAAGCACCAGCUUUCAACUCAAUGGCAGUGCUUAUAUUGAGACGUGUUAUAUCAGAUUCCUAGCUACAAAACCACAGUUUCCAUUAGAGCUCUGUGCUCCCCAGCUCAAAAUAAACAAACCAAAAAACCCACACUGGAUGAAACCACUGGAAAACUGACUCCAAGGUCUUCAGAGACUACAAUGGCUUCACAGCUGGCUUGUACAGUGGAAGAGGAUCAGUCUUUCAGAAGGCCUCCUGCUCCCACCACUCAGUAGUAUCUGUAUUUCUGUACUGCUCUAGGAUUACUGAACCAGCAGGCUUUGCAUUUCCUGAUCAAACAUAUACUUAAAUGAGAUGACUAGUGGGAAACAUACAUACCUAAUCUCUCAUCACACGUGUUUAUUAACUUGUGUAAUGCUUACAUGGUCCAUAACUACAAAGUAAACAGGGACGGUGCUCCUCAGCUUACCAAAACAAUGACUGCUCUAUGUUCCUGGGGAAAAAAUGGGGCUUUCUCCCUCUCUAACACACCAAUGAAAAGGGAACAAGUCCUAAACCUCUUCUAGCUAUUGCAAAUAAAACAGCCAAGCAGCUGAA